AUGGGUCCCCAUAUGAAAUUUCAGGAGAAGAUUCGGAGUAACCUCCAGGACUUUCGACAUGCUUUUACCAGCAGGCAAGCUUUUGUGAAGUACAUAGAAACGAAGCCCGACGCAUCCAGCAGCGCGAACGCUUCCCGCAACCAUUGGACGAAUGAAGACCUCGACGUCAGCCCUCAGAGCCAUCACACAUGGGGGUGGUAUGACUAUGCAGCCUUCUGGUGGUCUUAUGGCUUCUCACCGGGCUGCUGGUACCUUGGAGCUGCGUUGCUUGCCAUCGGGCUGACUCCUGGCCAAGCAUUGGGGUGUCUCUUUCUCGGAUUUUGCUUUGGUUCUCUGGGGAUCGUCAUGCAUUCGCGAGCCGCGGCCGUCUACCACUUCGGCUUCCCCGUCGAGACCCGAAUGGUUUGGGGUCUUCGUGGCGCAUAUUUUCCGAUCUUGAUCCGUGCUCUUUGUGCCCUCAUCUGGGCCGGCGUCACCAUCGCGCAGGGAGGGUACUUCACAGCGGUCGUGCUGCGAUGCAUCUUUGGCAACAGUUAUUGGAACCUGCCCAAUCAUAUCCCAAAGAGCUCAAAUAUCACAGUGCAGCAGCUCAUAGGAAUGAUUGUGUAUUGGGUGAUGACAUGUUGGACACUGAAUGUUCCCAUCCCUAAACUCCGGCGGGCAUAUGAAAUUCAAAUGCUAGUUCUUCCCGCAGUGAUUAUUGGUCUGUUCGCUUUUUGUAUGGUGACUGGGAGAGGACAUCCACACAAGGAUCUGUACAAUGUUGAACAUAAGCAUGGCGCGGCACUGUCGUGGGCAUUGCUUUCGGCCGUCAAUUCCGGUUUGGCCAAAACAACCACUCUCAUGGUGAACCAACCGGACAUUGCACGCUAUGCCCGCAGUAAGAUGGCUCCGGUCUGGUCACAGCUUGUCAUGUUCCCUGUGGCAAGUACUGUUUGCGCAGCCAUGGGGAUAUACGCCACACAGAGCAUCUACAAUGCAUGGGGUAACAUUGACUGGAAUCCGUGGGACCUGAAUCACGACAUGCUCGACCACAGUUUUAGCCACGGUCGCCGAGCCGGCAUCGCCAUUAUUAACCUUGCCUUCAUCUUCGGAAACGCCCUUACCGAGCUAGGAGCGAAUGUCAUCCCGUUCGGGGCGGAUUUCAUGUCACUGUUUCCGAGAUGGCUGAACAUCAAACGAGGCAUGUGGUUAUGCUAUAUCCUCGGAGUGUGCAUUUGCCCAUGGCAGAUCUUGGCAACAGCGACAGCCUUUCUCAAAUUCUUGAACGGGUAUAGCAUCUUUUUGGGGCCUUUCCUGGGGAUGGCCUUGACGGACUACCUCGUGGUUCGCAAGGGCAAUGUCUUCGUCAGGGAUCUGUACCAAAAGGGUGGCAGGUAUUGGUACUUCCACGGCGUGUCCUGGAGGCCGGUGGCCACAUGGCUUUUCUCCGUUGCUUUUAUGAUUCCUGGGUUUGCGGAAACUUUCGGCACCCAAAUUCCAAACGGCCAAGGUUGGACUCAUCUGUACGCCUUCAGUUGGUUCUACACGUGCACUAUCAGCAGUGUCGUGUAUUUUGCAUUGUCGUUUGUCGGGAAUUACGCUGGUGAGGAAAAGGUCAUGGCUUUUGAGAGCCUAGCAAAUACUGGGUUUGUUGAGGAGGGACAGGCCGUCGAAGAACAGAGCGACGUAUCUGAGGUUAAUCUUAGCAUCGAACAGAAGGUUUGA